UGCAGUAAGGUUUUGGAAGCAUAUGGACCUUUCAUAUCAGCAAUAAAUAAUUUUCAGAAAACAAAAGGUUACGUUUAUACACACCUUGAUAGGAUUAGUGUUCCCACUCUGCCAUAUCUCAGUGUUACAGCUCUUGUUUACGGAAAACAGACUGAAGACAAAAGCUGACCACCUGUGCUAAUUAGCAAUCUAGCAUGCUCCGAACACCUGUAUGUAAGCAUAACUCGAAGUGUAGUUUGGUAGGAUGGAAGUACCCAUAGCUGUAUGGAACUGUGCAAAACUGCUACAGUAAGUGUAUUCUUUAUCUGAAGGAUUGUUUCUCGCUGAUGAGGGCCGUAUCGCAAACGAUGACUUGACAUUUCCAAACGUUAAAACACAGCUACAGGUUGUAGUUCACACAAGGCAGUCUGGGGGAAAGCUAAUGGCUGAGAACUGUAGGGGGUUUGAGAGCUAUGGUUAUGCUUAACUCACACAUGCAUAAGUAGCAGUCUUUGCAGUUCUGUAGUGUAAACUACUUGGUUAUCAGCCAUAGAACCAUAGGUAUGAAUAUCAAAUUGUUUUUGAUAAUAAGUUUUAACUAACCUGAUAUUGGCGACACUAUCCUCGUUCUCGAUUCGACAAAACAUGUAUCUACAUAAAUGUCCAGUUGCAAGUGGUGCGUUUGGAAUUUCUAAAAUGCUUCAUUGUUAAAAUGAGUAAAUGCUUCUCUCCAUGAAGUAAUCUAACAAUGUGUACGUCGCCAUCUUGUCUAUUUCAAAUCUUCUCUCACUGAUCGAGACACGAAUGUCAUCAUGACAUGCGACACUUUGGGGUGGACCCGUUUAUCUCAAUCAAUACCAGGCAACAACAGAUACUACCACUGUGAGAGAAGAGGACGACGUUGGGAUGCUUGCGUGUCUGUGUGGUGCCAACCAGACAUACAGUGAAGUGGAGUGGCAGCAAUGUUGCCUGGUGUUGGUGUGUUUGGCACAGGGAGUACGGCACGGGUGCUAGUUCCUUUGCUGCGGGGGGAAGGGUUUGAGGUACACGCGCUCUGGGGGAGGAGCGAGGAGGAGGCAAGCUCCCUGGCGCAGGAGCUGGGCAUUCUGUUUCACACCAGCCAAUCGGACGAUGUCUUAUUGCACCCUGAUGUUGAUCUGGUCUGCAUCUACAUCUCACCCCCACUCACACGGCAGAUUGCAGUCAAAGCCCUGGGGAUAGGUAAGAAUGUGGUAUGUGAGAAGGCUGCUACCGCUGUGGACGCGUUCAAGAUGGUGACUGCUGCGCAAUACUACCCCCAGUUGCUGAGCAUUGUGGGUAAUGCUCUGCGCUUCCUCCCAGCGUUCGUAGCAAUGCGGCAGUUGCUGGCAGAGGGAUACGUGGGUGAGCUGCAAGUGUGCGACGCCCGUGUCUAUGGCCCCAGUCUGCUCGAUCAAUCAUACGGCUGGACCUGCGAGGAGCUGAUGGGGGGUGGCGGGCUCCACACGGUUGGCUCUUCCCUCGUGGACCUUCUGAGUCACCUGACGGGAGCACGGGCGGUGCGGGUGCACGGCCUUCUCCGGACUUUCGUGGGGCAGAACGGAGCAAUCCACGGGAUCCGCUGCGUCACCAGCGAUGACUUCAGUUUCUUCCAGAUGCUGAUGGGAGGGUCUGCUUCUGGUAGAGGGGUAGGGACUGGGACUGGGUCAGGAGUGUGCUGCACUGUGACUCUGAACUUCAACAUGCCGGGGGCCUUUGUCCACGAGGUGAUGGUUGUUGGGUCAGCAGGGAGGCUGAUUGCCAGGGGGACAGAGCUGUAUGGGCAGCGCAAUGGAGGGAAAGAGGAGGAGCUGCUGCUAGGGGACAGCGGAGGGACGGGACAAGAGGUCAAGGAUGUCCCCCUGCCACACCUGCGGGGGCUAGGCUCCAUGGUUACGGCUCUAAAAGAUGCUUUCCAGGCACAGGAAGAGCGUCGGAUGUGGGCGCGGGGGCCGGUUGCUAUGGCGUCGACGUUUGAGGAUGGGCUGUAUGUGCAGACGGUGGUGGAGGCGGUGAAACGGUCAAGCCGCAGCGGUGAGUGGGAAAGUGUGGAGGUCAUGACUCAGGAACCAGAUCCCAACCAAAACCUCUGUGAGGUGCUGCUGAUAAACAAGAACUGAGUACUCAUUUAUAUACACACACACUAAUAUAAAUGACCUACAGACAGCCUCUAUGGCCUGUCCUGAGGAGACUGUCCCCUAUCAACCACUACCCUGUGUCUGGCGACCUCUUCCGUGCAUCAGGGCCACACUCAAAGCCACAGCAUCCUGCCCUGCAAGAAGCCACAGGCAGGCAGACUGGUGGGCACACUCUACUGGAUGUGAACUCUUCUUCUCAGCAGAGUUUUUGUGUGUGCGUUUUUACAUUUUCCAGACAAUCCAACCCUAGUUCACCUUACCGACACACAUUCCUAUCAAAUCAGUGAACACCUUGAAGGAGGAAGUGUUUAGUAUUCAUGCUACAGUUUCUCACUGUGCCUCACUACUUCUGCCGAUGAAAGAAAUGUUUGGAGUUGUUUACAUACAUGUCACAGAUGAAAUGUUGGGUUUUCUCUUACACAAAUGUGUAUUAUACACAUAAAAAACAUACUAUUUAAAAGUAACUAACUUACUAACUCAAGAAUUUCAUUAAAAAAAUCUAACUUUACAACUUCUCGUAGAGUUUACAAGAUGAUGCGUAUCAUCAUCAUCAGACUGCCAUCACAGCAGAGUUACUCAUAUGCAAUCCCCCUUGACUUUCCGUGAAUUAUUAUUUGAUGUGUAUAUUUGUAUUUUUUUAUUAUAUUGAUUGUUGAUCCCAUUUUCCAUAUCAGCAUCUCUUGCAUUGAUAAAAUGCUACUACAACCCUGUGCUGUGUGUGUGCAAGCCUGUGAAUAGAAUGUGUCCACCUAUAUGGUGGAAAGACUACUGUAUUUAUUUCCUUUUUACUUUUGCGUUUUUACGAAGAAAGGCUGUUUUAUUUAAUUAGUAUGUGUUCAGCAAGUGGAAAUGUGGCUGAUAAGCUAUAAGAUGUUUGUUAAUGGUGUAAUAUUCAUAUGUGUAAACAUACUGAAUUAUAAUUGGAUGCAUUUUACCGCCGUAUCAUACUGUGCUAUGAUUGGUUAAGACGACCCAGAGGGUUAGGUCAAGGUCAGUUGAUCAUGGUUGGAGAUAAGUGAACAUGCAGUUGUAGCUAGCUAAUAAAGAGCUACGUUAAGAAGUAUCCUGUAGUACUGCAUUUUAUUAUUUUGUACAAAGCGUGCAAAACAAGACAAAUGGAUAUUUAUAUUUUGUUGUAAGUUAUUUCAGUUUUACUUGGUGUUAUCACUGUUACACAGAAUACCUGUGAUUUUAUUUUCAGGGGAGUGGACAGAGGCUGUGAAAACACCGUGCAAUCCUGUCAGCUCCCAAGUUAAUAAAUAUCUGACUAGUA